AUGGGCCCUCCCGAAAUUGUAAACACUGCACUGCUCAAGCUAGAUUGCUCUGGCGGUGCUGACGAGACUAGUUUUGUCGAAUUCGGAACCACAGACCAGUCCAGCCGGGAGAAUAACACCUUUUGGGAGGCAAGGCCAAGGGAACUUCAAUUGAAACGUGAGGCCUGCUCAUAUCGUUAUGGGAAUUAUUCAGCCAUCAAUUCUUAG